AUGACACGUUCGGAUGGCUCUUUGCGUGGUUUUGUGGGGCGGAGGGAGGGGGAGAGGGAUGGGGAGGGGGAAGGGCAGCCACCACCUGCUGCUGCUGCUGCUGGUGUCAGUCAGCUUUCUGAAGAGUAUCAGCCACCACCACAGCACCAGCACCAGCACCACCAGCAAUUACACCAGCAGCAGCAGCAGCAGCGCAAUCUACCGCGCAAGCCUGCACGACCGUCUACUGCGCCUUCGGCGCCCCGGGACGUCUUUUCUCUUCUUCCUUCCUCUGCGCCGUUGGUACAGGCGCAGGUCCAUGCCAGUGGUGGGUUAGGUUCUGUCGGCACUUCCACUGAUUCUACCGCCACCGACUUCACCAGCACUUCAUCAUCAUCAUACCCCAGCUCAGACAGCGGAGCAGAUAGCAGUGCAGACGCUGUGGAUAGUGUGCACAGUGAGCUCCCGCUGCAGCCUGUUAUGGAGGACGAUGCGACAAGUACGAGUACGGGUAUGAGUAUGACUACGAGUAUGGGUAUUGACGAUCAUCAUCAUCAUCUACAGCAGCAGGAACGUCUUAUCUCGGGUAUGGCUGACGCCACUCAGCAUCCCCAGCAACAGGCACCCCAGCACCAGCAUCAACAGCAGCAGCAUCAACAGCAGCAGAACACACUGACGGUAUCCGAAUGCGACUGGGCGACGUUCAUCGCUGCGUACGCAGCGGGCCGCUGGGACCCCCAUCGCACGCCGAAUAAGCCUAUGCCGUGUCAUUUGCUUCUGGCGGAUUCGAUGCGCUUUGCUGGGUAUGAUGUAUCGUCUUCUUCUGCGAAGAUGGUGCGGGGUGGGGUGAAUGAGGGUCCUGUCCUGGGCGAGGGCGGACAGCCGCCCACGCAGGAUGGGGAGGGCAUACCGCUUAUCAAGUUUGACGAUCCGUCGGCGUCUUCGUCGUCUGCUGCUACGCAGCCACUUUCUGCUGUCUCUGAACCUGGCUCUAGUAGCAAGCCGCAUCUGACAAUGCCCCUCCGCCUCCCGCACCGCUUCCGCAACUCCUUCUCCACAUCCACCUCCUCCUCCUCAUCCACCACCUCCACCACCUCCUCAUCCAACGCAGCAGCCGGCGCCCCGCCGCAUCCCUCCGCCGUCUCCGAUGUCCACGCGGCGGUCGCGACGAUGCGCUGGGCCGCUGCGCGCGUGGAUAUUUCGCCGCUUGCUCUGCCGUCGCCGGAGCAUGAGCUUACGGACCCGAUGCGCGGGGUGACGGCUGCGAUACCGGGGUCGCAUCCUGUUGAUGGCGGGUAUGAGUAUGAGGGGAGGGUGGGGGUGGAUUGUAUGGUUACGCCGGGGGGCACGAGGAGGUCGCGGUUGAAUGGGUUUUGGGAGGGGACGACGGAUGUGGAUGGUGCGGGGAUGGGGGCGGGAGCGGGGGUGGAUAGGCUGGAGACGAUUUUGGCGAGUCCGCCGGAGGUCGAUUGGACGGGUGUGCCUGGACCUGAUGAUGAUGACGCUGGUGGACGGCAAGGGCAAGGGCGGCGGCGGACGUCAAGCGACGAGGCUAACCACGGGCACGCGCGCGGUGUGUCCCUGGAAGUUGAAGGUGCACUGCAUGGGGAUUUGGAAUCGACGUCAUUGUACACGUCAAUGUCAGGUUUGACGGUAUCUGGUGCCGAUUUGGAUUUGGAUUUGGAUUUGGAGGGGUUGGUGGAUGAUUCGGUGUCGACAUCAAGUAUGUCGUCGUCUAGUUUAGCUGGUGUAGGGACACCGACACCGACAACGUCAGCAGCAGCGGUACCAGCAGCAGCAGCAUCAGCACCAACGACGUCAGCAACAACGUCAGCAACGUCAACGUCACCGUUAACGUCAAAAACAUCCAAGAUCCAUAUCGGGUCAUCCGCCCCUCCUCCUUCUUCUUCUUCUUACCCUCCGCAUACGCAUCACCCGCGCAUCCCUCCCGCCAGCGCACCAGCCAUCGAGAACAACAACGCACCGCCCUCGUCCUGGCGCACGGACUAUUUUGGGGAUGUAACCGGGCUCACGACGGGGUGGGGCCCGAUUACGGAGACAAAGUCGUUGCCUGCUGCUCCUGAUUCUAUUGGUAUCGGCAAUGCGACUGCGAAUACGAAGAUUCUGCCAUCCACUUCGGGUCUGACGUUGACGCCUGCGACUUUGUCAUCGACAUCGAUGCUGACGACGACGUCGUCUGCUGCGACGAAUAUAAGUAAUUAUGCUAAUACGAAUGUGUCUGCUACUGCCGCUACCAAUGGGAAUGGGAGUUUUACUUCGGCUUCUGCUUCGACUUCGACUUCGACUUCAACUUCAACUUUGAACCCAUCUUCAUCUUCAUCCUCUAACACCACUCCAUCUUCAUCCUCGAAUCCCGACCCUCAUUCUCACCCUAACCACGACCACUCGCACAACAACCCCUCCCAACAACCCUCCCAACAACACCACCACUCACACCACCACGACAGCGAAAACACAUACAACCAACCUUCAACACCUACAUCCGUCCCGGCGCUGCCGCGCCGGUUGGCACUCACGAGGCAGACGUCGUCGCCGCUUCCUGAGUCUGUGGCUGGGUCUGGGGUUGGUGUGGGUGUCGGUAUGGGGGCGAUUGGAGGUGGGUUUUUUGUUGGAGGAGGAGGUGGAGGAGGUGCUGGAGGUGCUACUGCAGCAGCACCAGGAGCACCAGGAGCACCGCGAGGAGCACCGCCAAACACAACAACCGACAACCCAACCCCCGAAGACCCAACAUCAACCCCAGCCACAGCAACACCCACAGCACAAGCACCAACAGCAACAGCAACACCAACACCAACCACAGGUCCAACCCACCCAAAACUCAAACUCAAACUCAAACUAGGCCGCGCUGCCAAAGAAGAGAGGAUGUUCAGUGAGCUGGGGUACCUUGCCCCGCCUUAUCCGCCGGAUGAGCUCGAGAGACGGAGGGCUUUGUAUAAAUUCAACAUAUGGAACACAGGCCCCGACAUGAACUUUGACAGAAUCGCACACCUCGCAAAGUUGGUGUUUAGCACGAAAGGUGUGCUUGUGUCGUUGAUUGAUGGGAAUGAGCAGGGGUAUGAAAAUCACCAGCUGUGCGCGCGCGCAUUCGUUCUGUGGGCAUACGAUUUUACAGCGGAUGUGACUAAACAUGCCAUUUUUGAAUAUUUUACUUUUGGAAUUUGUAGAGGCGACGAACCGAUGGUUAUUCUGGAUACGCAUAAAGAUUGGCGGUUCGAGAAAAACCCUUUGACGAUUGGAGCGCCGCAUAUACGGUUCUACGCCGGCGCGCCGCUGCGUACGCACGAUGGGUUUAAUAUCGGCACGCUUGCGGUUAUUGACGAUCAGCCAAGGGAGGAGUUUUCGCCUAGGCAGAGACAUACAUUGAAAGAGUUUGCGGCGAUUGCGACGAGGGAGAUGGAGCUUUGGAGCGAUAAGAUUCAACUGCGAAUCAGGGACCGCAUUCAAAAUUCAAUGGAGCAAUUCAGCCGCGAAUGCCUCGAAAUCGACACCGAAACGCACGCAAGCUACGAGCACCCCGACCUGCUCGUCGGAUCAUCCAUGGACAAAGUCUACGACCGCGCCGCGAAACUCGUCAAGCGCACACUGGACGUCGAAGGCGUGCUGGUCAUGGACGUCGCGCACACGGAGGUCCUCGAGACGAUGAGCGCCGCCGAGGGCACUGUGUCUGUUGCUCUGCACCAUGGGGAAGUUGGGCGGGAGAUGAGUAGGCGCCAGUUGAGUCAUGAGGAGUAUAGGCGCCUUGGAGAGUUUUUUGAGAAGUAUCCGGAUGGGAGGGUGUCGGAGGGUAUUGUGCCCCAGAGCUUUAAGCCGUUUUUGCCGACGCAUGUGCAGUAUGCGCUGACGGUGCCGAUAUUUAAUAUUGAUAAACGGCCAUUUGCGCUUUUAUGUGCGUAUAACACGCACGAGCACGCGAAACGAUUUUUGGAAGGACACGAGUUGUCGUAUUUGCGCGCGAUUGGGGUUAUCAUUCUCUCUGCGGUGCUGAAACGAAGGAUGCUUCUGGCUGAUAAAGCUAAAGGGUUGUUUAUCUCCAAUAUAUCCCACGAGCUACGGACACCGUUACAUGGUAUCCUUGCAGCCGCUGAACUCCUAAGCGAAAGCAACCUCAACCACUCCCAACAAUCUUUCCUGCAAACCGUCCAGGCGUGCGGGACGUCGCUCGUCGAAACUGUCAAUCAUGUGCUAGAUUUUACAAAGUUGAGCGGGAAUAGUAAAGCGGGCGGAGUGGAGAAUGUGAUUGUACCGUCUACCGUCGACCUGAUGCAGCUGGUGGAAGAGGCCGUGGAUGGGUGCUGGAUAGGCCACCGUGCGCGCACGGCGAGUAUGGAGGAGAAUGGGAUCGGAAGCGUGUAUUCGCCGCCGAAGGAGGACCGCGGCUCGCCGGUUGCGACGCGCAGGAAGCAUGUCGAGACGAUUGUGGACAUUGGGUAUCGGCCUGAGGGAUGGACGUUGAAGUGCGAAAAGGGGGGUAUUCGGAGGAUUUUGAUGAAUCUUUUUGGGAAUAGUCUCAAGUUUACAUCUGACGGUUAUGUGCAUGUGCUGUUGCGCCAGCUUCCCCCUGCAGAGAACGACCCGCCGAACAAGGUUAGAGUUGAGUUGGCUGUCUUUGACACUGGCAAGACAGGCACAGGCCUGGGCCUCGCCAUUGUCAGCAGCAUCGUCACGUCGGAGAAUGUGAGCGGCAAAGUCGACGUUUGGUCAGAAGAAGGCGUAGGCACGGAGAUCAAAGUGACGUUCCCUGCUGAAAAAGUCGAGGGUCAGCCUUUGCACGACGCGGAGCUGUUUCGUUCUGAAGAGGAUGGUACGCUGCCGACGGUGUCCCUGGUCGGCUUUUCGACGCCCCAUAAAGGGGUGCAGCUUCUGGACGAGACGAUUCGCUCGUACCUGACGACGUGGUGGGGGUUCGAGAUCGUCGACGAAGAUGGAGACAUCGUCAUUAUGAAUGAGGACCCAUCAUUAGUUUUAGAUGCGACUAGACAGCGAGACACGCAGCAUGCGUACAUCAUACUCUCUUCUUCUCGCGGCAGCCCGGGCUUGAUGUCCAUAGCGAGCGACCAUGAGCGUAUCGGCGGCUUCUGUCGCAUACUCUACAAGCCUGGCGGGCCUUCUCGACUUCUGGGCGUUCUCAAAGUUAGCAUCCACGCGCUGAGAAUCGGGAAUCAUCAAGACCGCAUGUCCUCGCCGAUGGGGUCGAUCAACGGCGACUCGACGCAGGAGCGCGUCAGCAGCAGCAGCAAGUCGCCUUCUGGAUCAGGCGUGCGGCGCAACUCGGAGGAAACGGGACAAAGAUCAUAUCCCUACAUGCGGCGACCGACGACACCGCGUUCGCACACUGCGCAUCCGCUCCCUACGAAGUGGGGUAGUACGUCGACAAAGGCUCCGGAACCGGUGGAGGUGGUGGAGGCGGAUACCCCAGUCCCGACGAUAUCACUCGGGACAGGAGGGACGCUGUUGAAAUCGUCCAUUGGAUCUCUCGACGCCAUGCUCCGCUUCCGUGUGCUGGUCGUUGAGGAUAAUAGUAUACUUCGUAACCUCCUAAUCAAGUGGCUUUCCAACAAGGGUUAUGAGUUUGCUGCGGCAGUCAACGGACGUGAGGGCGUCAAUGUGUUUCGCGAGGAGGGCCCCUUUGACGUCGUCCUAUUGGAUCUUUCCAUGCCCAUUCUUGACGGUGUUGGAGCAACCAUUGAGAUUCGUCAAAUCGAAGCGGACAUGGUCAAGGUCACGCCAGGCAUGCAUCCAUCCCGAAUUCUUGCUCUCACAGGAAUGUCGACGUUGGAAGACAAACGACGCGCGUUCGACGCCGGUGUUGACGGAUAUCUCGUCAAACCUGUCGCGUUCAAGACGCUAGACGACAUGUUUCACAAACUAGGAGUAUCAUGA